ACUUUAUAGUAUGCGCUCGGCUGCUAUUGGGGUGCGCAAACGCCACAUUUGCCGGUAGGGGGGUCUUUGCCCUCUGUUACAGAAACCGUCGAGCAAUCCCUACGACCACAUGGUAGUCACGCCGCAGCCGUCGAGGUUCAAACGUCAUUCGCCGAGGCUCUUUCUUAAAAACUCGUACAUCAAUCGCGAUGUUUUUCCUUGGUACUCUUCUAUUAAAUUAUUAUAAUGAUUAUUUUAGUAUUAUAAUUAAACUAUUCAUAAAAAGUCAUACAUUAUUUUGUAUUCUAUCAAAAUUUACUGAAUCUAAAAUACAAUUUUCAUAAGUGCAAUACAAUUUAAUAGAUACCUCUUAUGAGUCCCAAGACUUAUUAUCAUGAAACCUUAUCGAUUGCUAAACGUUAUGUCUUAAUGACUUCAAUUUAAACCCGCAAUGAUCAGAGACUGGGCUAUGCAUUGGUUUUACACAAAGAAUGGUCUAACAGACAAAAACCGUAGCUUGCUGGAUGUUUAUCAUCAGGAAAAUGUGUCGGAAGUUGCUAACAUCCACGACUGGCAAAAUGAAUUGGAAACAGAACUGUUCCAAGGAUAUUCGCCUGCCCUAUUAACGUUUGCAAGCAUAUGCUGUGUGAUAUAUAUGAUGGUUGGCGUGCCUGGAAAUCUUAUCACCAUCAUUGCCUUAUUUAGAUGCAAAAGGGUGCGUAAUGCAACAGCCGUAUUCAUCAUCAACCUCAGCGUGUCAGAUUUGAGUUUUUGUUGCUUCAACUUACCACUGGCUGCCUCUACGUUCUGGUAUAGAUCGUGGAUACACGGUCAGUUGCUUUGCCGCCUCUUCCCGUUAGUCAGAUACGGUUUGUUAGCCGUGUCCUUAUUUACCAUAUUGGCUAUAACCAUAAAUCGAUACAUCAUGAUUGGACAUCCGUCGCUUUACCCAAAGUUGUAUAAGAGAUUCUAUUUGGGCGUUAUGGUGACGGUUACUUGGGUAGGUGGUUUUGGAUUACUGAUUCCUACGUGGCUCGGGAAAUGGGGCCAAUUCGGCUUAGAUGUGACCGUUGGCUCGUGCUCCAUACUUCCAGACUCCGUUGGUCGGUCGCCAAAAGAAAUUCUGUUCAUGGGUGCGUUUGUGGUGCCUUGCUUGUCUAUUGUGGUGUGUUACGCUAGGAUUUUCUAUAUCGUUCGAAAAACAGCCCUUAAGUCACGGGCUACGGUGACAACUAACCCACGUCACACGAUGAAUACCAAUAAGCCAUCGGACUCUACGCCCUACUACACUCUCAAGACCCGCUUCAAGGUGCCCGAGAUAUCAACAGACUCGGCCCUCGGAUCCAGUACAGCUACCGGCACGUGCUCCACUACUGACUCGAAGGAACAACACUUCCUUUCCCCACAUGACAUUAUCGCCGACCCUAGUUCGUCCGGUCUCGAUGAGAGUUAUUCACCGAUAUCCUUCUCAGAUCGCAGGAGUUCCAGACGGCGCGACCGUUCACCAUCGUCCGCCCUCAACGCCACCAUCACUCAAGUCGUAUCGGCGGUGUUUCAGACAAAAGAGGACUCCUCUCCGAGGACACGGAAACAGAGCACCAUUGGAGUUGACAGGAUGUCGUCGAAAGACAAGAAGCUGCUAAAAAUGAUCCUUGUAAUAUUUGCAUCAUUUGUCACAUGCUACUUGCCGAUCACCAUUAGCAAAACAUCACACGAACUAGACGACUUGCACGUGCUAAACAUAACCGCAUAUGUCCUCAUCUAUUUGACUACUUGCAUAAAUCCAAUUAUUUACGUAGUCAUGAGCUCCGAGUACCGUCAAGCGUACAAGAACCUGUUGAUGUGCAAAAGUUCGUUGGAACAACAACAGACCCACAGAGGAGUGACUAAAAAACUGUCCGGUCCAUAAAUAUAAGUUUACAGUUAGAUUAAACUAAGAAUAUUUUUAAGAUGUAAAGCGUACAUGGUAAGAUUAUAAAUUUAGAGAUUAAUCCUAAUGACUAUACCGUUUUUAUGUUUAUAUAACAAUGUAUUACAUUCUUUGGUAUAUUAUUAGUACCCGUCGUGUCGAUCAAUAUUAUCACUGCCUCGAUAAUUUUGUUACUACAAUAAAACAAUUACUAGACAAUUAUAGAACGUAAACAUACGUGUUGCGGUUCACCUCGAAAGUGUAAAGUUACGCUUCAAUAAAAAUAAAACAAACCAAAUGUA